UCGGACGGAGGGAAAAUCAAAAACCCCGCAAAAAAAAAAAAAAAAAAAAUGGUGGUGAUGAAAAAAGUGAAUGCCAGUAAUCUGGCGGAAGAAUUCCGGGUAAUCGGAGAAGUUUUACGGCGGAACAAAGGCUCCUACGUGGCAGUAGAUACGGAAUUCCCGGGCAUUGUACAUAAGCCCAAUAAACCUUAUUUUCAACUGACUAACGAAGAGCACUACUCUGUUUUGAGGAAGAACGUGAACGAUCUUAAGCUGAUUCAAUUGGGUCUCACAAUCUCCGAUCACCAGAAGAACAUUGCCGCCGUUUGGGAGUUCAAUUUCAGGGAAUUCGACGUCGAAAACCACCCCCAAGACCUCGAUUCCAUCGAUUUGCUGAGGAAACAGGGGAUGGAUUUCCGAGCUAACAGAGAAACAGGGAUCCGAGCAGAGGAUUUCAAAGAACUGUUUCUGAAUUCCGAAUUGGGGUAUCAUUCAUCGAGAAUCCAUAACCGCGAGAAUUGGGUUUCAACUGGGAUUGAACUUGAAACUCGAUCGGAUCCAAAAUUGACUUGGGUUUUCUUCCACUGCAAUCACGACAUUGGGUAUUUGAUCAGAAUGUUAACCGGAAACCCAUUGCCGGCGAAAUUGGAAGAUUUCAUGGACCUGGUUUGGUGGUAUCUGGGAGACAAUAUAUACGAUCUGAAAGAGAGGAUAAAGGCGGAACCUUUUGGGGUUGAAUGGGUCGGGCUUGACAAAGUUGCAGAGAUUCUGAAUGUGAAAAGGAUUGGGGGAGAAAGCCAUCAAGCUGGAUCCGAUAGUUUACUAACACUCUUAUGUUUCUUCGAGUGGAGGAGGAUCCGACAAGGUUUAAGAGGGUGGGAAGAUUUGCAAUUCAACUACAAAUUGCAUGGACUUGAAGUCCCUGAUCUCAUCAAGUCCUCCACUGAAGCUCAUCAACGCUCUUCUUCUUCUUCUUCUAAUAAUAAUAAUAAUAAGCUGCAGUUGCCUCCUGCUUAA